AUGGAGCAGCCCGUUCAGCCCGCCCAGUCCGUUCAGCCUUCGACCAAGCACAAGCCCAACGACGCUGAGGCGGAUAGACCACAAGGCUUAAUGGAACCUCAACCAUCUCGACGGACAGAGCUACCCUCCGAAUCUUCACGAUGCCAACCUUCAAGCUCAGUUGCUGCACAAUGCGGCUCAGCACGAUCGAUAAAAGCCUCACAUGAAGAAGUAAGCACAACAUCAAAGCCCGAUCAAAAGAAAGACUCGAAAGACUCGAAGGACUUGGAGAAGCAAACAUCUUUAGAUAAAAGUACCCAUCGAGGUAUUAUGGAGGAAUUGGUUUCACGGGCUGGCGACCAAUUCAAUGAUCAAAUCACGGACCCGAGGCAGAUUAAGUUGGAUGUGUCUUAG